AUGUUUCUUCCCUUACGCUCUCUAAGAUUCUCUACGUUCUCUAAUUCUUAUAUUCAUUUGCUUACAGUUCGAAAGUUUACUACGGAUAAUUUCACAAAAAUGGAUCAAUUGAAAGUUCACAACUCUUUAAAGCCUGGUGGUCCAGUCCCAUUUGUACCUAUUGAGAAGGGAAAGGUUUCUUGGUAUGUCUGCGGACCAACAGUAUAUGAUCACUCGCACUUGGGACAUGCUAGGAACUAUGUUUCUACCGAUAUUAUACGAAGAAUCAUGAAAGAUUAUUUUGGUUUUGAUCUGAAUUUUGUCAUGAACAUUACAGAUGUCGAUGACAAGAUUAUUUUGAAAGCCCGAAGACAGAAGCUACUGGAGCUUGAAAAGUCAAAAACAUAUACCGAACCGGAGCUCGCAAAAUUAGCCGCAGAAGCCUUCCAAUCCUACGCAACAGCAAACCUCCCUGAGCUACUGAAAGAUGGUACUCAACUUACACCUAACAAUUAUGCAGAAAGAAGAGAUAUUGCAUAUGGAAAAGUAUUGGCCGGCGGAACAUUGACAGGCGAAGGAAAACCAGGAGAUGCGGAAGCCAAGAUGAAGAUGCAUAUAAGCAAUCUUUCUUCUGCGGCGCAAGCUAUCCAACAAGAGAAGAUUUUCGGUGGAGCAGAUGAGAUUCUUCUUCCACAUCUCGAUUCUUUGUAUAAGGAUUCGAUCGACGCGAAAGACCAUACUAUUUUCACCAAUGUCACUCAAUACUGGGAGGAUCAAUUUAUGGAAGACAUGGACGCACUGAAUGUUAUGCGACCAGAUGUUAUCACACGAGUUACCACCUAUGUACCAAAGAUCGCAACCUUUGUAAAGAGAAUUAUUGAUAAGGGCUUUGCUUAUGAAUCAGACGGAUCGGUUUACUUCGACAUUGCAGCAUUCGAGAAAGCCGGUAAUCCUUAUGCGCGACUACGACCAGAAAGUAGAAACGACAAAGCCUUGCAGGAAGAAGGAGAAGGGUCACUAUCGAAGAAUUUGGGUGGUAAGCGAGGGGCAGGAGAUUUCGCACUCUGGAAGAAGUCCAAAGCAGGAGAACCAAGCUGGCCAAGUCCCUGGGGUGAAGGCAGACCGGGAUGGCAUAUUGAGUGCUCCGUUAUGGCUUCCGAUGUUUUAGGAUCAAAGAUGGAUAUACACUCUGGUGGUAUUGAUCUCGCGUUUCCUCAUCACGACAACGAAUUGGCACAAAGUGAGGCAUAUUUCUGUGAACAUGAGCAUGGCCCACACGAGUGGGUAAACUACUUCUUGCACAUGGGGCAUCUUUCUAUUGCAGGAUCAAAGAUGUCGAAGUCAUUGAAGAAUUUCCAGACCAUUCGAGAUGCACUAGCUACUGAUUAUACUCCAAGGUCAAUGAGAAUAGUAUUUUUGAUGGGAAGAUGGAAUGAUGGUGUUGAGAUUUCGCCAGAUAUGAGGCUGAUGGCCGACGCAUGGGAAGCGACGGUUAACAACUUCUUUGUCAAUGUCAAAUCCCACAUCAUUGAGGGUGGAAAUUCGACAUCCGUCGAGGACUUGAAAACUCUUUCGAUCCAUCCAGAAUUGCAAACAGUCUUGGACAAGGCACAGGCAGAUCUUCAGACCGCCCUCACAGAAUCCUUUGAUACGCCAAGAGCCAUGCUUAUUUUGCAAGAGCUAAUCAAGGAAUCGAAUGUCCACAUUGGCUCUCACAAAUCUGAUCUUGACAUCCAGGGACUAGAGAAAGUUGCUCGAUGGAUUACAAAGAUACUUGGCAUCUUCGGUCUCGAUGCAAAUGCAAAAGCACCAUAUGAUGGACUUGGUUGGGCUAGCGCUUCUGUUGAUAGCAAUCAUACCCCGAACAGCUUGUCGUUACAUACCGAGACUCUUGACAAGUUGCUCACCACGGAUGUUGACAGCGAAUUUGCCUUGCUUGUAUCUUCGGGAACAAAAGAUCAGGAAUCUCUCGCUCUCCCAUAUAUUCGGGCCGUUGCGAGGACUAGAGAUGAGUUGAGGCGAGUAGCACCAACCUCUGAACAUAAGAAACAUAUCCUGGCAUUAUCUGAUCGAAUUCGGGACAACGAUCUCACGAAUCUCGGUGUGUAUUUGGAUGAUAGACCAGACGAACAAGGUUCGCUUAUCAAAUUCAUUCCAAAAGAAGAACUUUUAGCACAAAAAGAGGAGAAAGCCGCUAAGGAAAGAGAGAAGGCAGCACAAAAAGAAGUCGCCAAACUUGCGAGAGAGAAGUUGGAACAAGAAAGGAUCGAAAAAGCAAAACUCAGCCCAGUGGAUAUGUUCAAGGAUGAUAGAUUUAGUGCAUGGGAUGUUGAUGGUAUGCCGACGAAGACGAAAGAUGGAGAAGAUGUACCCAAAAGUGCAUUGAAAAAGUUGAAGAAGGACUGGGACAGACAAAAGAAAGCUCAUGAGGACUGGAAAGCUAAGGCGCAGUCAUGA